CCUGUUUAUUACUUUCAUUGAGGAAAGCAAGCAGCCGUGGGCAUGGGCGACAACGGGGGUGGUGAUGCCGGCGAUCGGCCUGAGAAUCAAACUGACGCCGUCUCCGGCGCUCCUCCAAGGUCGCCGUGGAAGACUUCGACCGCCGCGUCUCUGGUGGCCGGCGCUGAUUGGCCGCCGCUAUCCGACGCGCCGCAGCGAUCGAGGUCUAGCGCUUUGAACCCCUCCAACUCGCCUCCCCCGCCGACUGAGGCCGGGAGCGAUGGCCGUGCUGAUCCUCCGACGUCUUCUGCGCCGCCGGUUACUGUUGAGCCGCAGAAGUUUCAUGGUCGUGGUAACUUUAAAUCUCUCCGAAGGCCGUACGCAGCACAUCACAAUAAAAAUGGCCCAAAGCAUGGCCCAAAUAAUAUACCUCCAUUUUCUGGUCCCUCACCUUACGGUCCUUACCCUCCGCCGCCAAUGACCCCACACUUUCAUGGUAUGGUUCCAAUUUCACAGACUUCUGUCCCUGGAUCCAAUUAUCAGUUUCCAACCAGACCUUUUCCGAGGGCCGAUGCUCAAAUGCUGAUGUCCGGUACUGAUCCAGCAAAAGCCUAUGUUCCACCAAAGAAUGGAAAUUUUCAGCCUUCACUGCAUGCUGAUUCGAGUGGCCAUGAUUCUGGUUCUGGUGGAAGAAGGCGUAUUACAAACGAGCAACAUGGACCAAGGUAUCCGUCCUACAACAAUCAAUGGCCUGCCUCUCACAACUUCUAUAUGCAACAAAAUGUGGGGCCAAGACCUUUGAUUAGGCCUCCAUUUUUUGGGCCUGCAGGCAUUGGUGACCGGCCAAACUAUCCAGGUCCAUCAGCACCUUUCUGUUUCUAUCCUGCUGUGCCCCCUGGCUCUGUUAGGGUUCCAUAUCCCCCAUCUUUUGUUCCAUAUCCAUUGAGCCCUGGAGUUCCCAUAUCACCCACGCCACUGGAAGCACUGAGGACCAGCAUUGUUAAGCAAAUUGAAUAUUAUUUCAGUGAUGAGAAUCUGGGGAGUGAUGAAGUCUACUUGAUCUCCUUGAUGGACAACCACGGCUGGGUGCCGGUAUCGAGCAUCACAAAAUUUAACAGGGUUAAACGAAUGAGUGAAGAUAUCCCAUUUAUUAUCGAUGCAUUGAAAACUUCAGAGACCAUUGAAGUGCAGGGUGAGAAGGUGAGGAGACGCAAUGAUUGGUCUAAGUGGAUUCCGAAAUCUGUGAACGCUAACUCUACAUCCCUAGUUGGAAAUUCCGUGAACAUUAAUGAUCAGAAUGAGAAUAAAAGAGACAGUCCUGAUGGAACAUCUGGGUUGCUUCCUCCGGCUGAAUGCUCAUUGGGAUCUUUGCCAUUGGCUUCUGAUACUUUGGGAAGCUCCAUUAAAAGUUCUACAGAACAUGGCAAGGAUGGUGAAGAACAAAGAGUUGCUUCAGGAAAAAGUAAUAUAAGAUUAGAGCAGGGCUCUCGACCCAGCUCUAUAAACAAUACCAGAGUACUUAACGAUGGAUCAAAUUCCCAAGAAAAUUCUAUAGGAGCUGAUUCUGUGGAGUCGGUCUUACUAGAAAAUGGCAAAAACAAUAACAUGCAUGAUCUUUCGAAAGCGAAAGUGAAGAACUUUGGUGAGUCAUCUGAUGAAUUUUCAAGCACAUUUAUGCUUGAUGAAGAACUGGAAUUGGAGCAGAAAAUGACAGGAUGUGACCAUCCGUCUACUGCUGGAAGGAACUGAACUUAAAAAGGUCACAUCGUAGACAUAAUAAGCCAAUUAGUGAAGAAAGGGAUGACAGCUCCAGAAAUUCUGCUCACAGUGCUACCACAUCCAACUCACAUGAAAAGCAAAAUAAAAGUAACUUGAAGCAACACCAGCGAUUGUAUUACGGAAAUCUUAAAGGCCAUGUAAGUGGCCGGAACUCUUUGGGAGCGGUAUCUGGAAGUCCACCUAGUGAUGCAGUUGGUUUUUUCUUUGGUUCUAUGCCCCCAGAUAGUUAUGGGUUCAGCCAUUCAAAAUUGAGUCACCACAAAGCAGCAGCCUCUCAGGAAGUAGUCCUCCAGUUGGUUCAGUACCAAAGUCAUUUCCACCAUUUCAGCAUGCAAGCCAUAAACUUCUGGAGGAAAAUGGUUUCAACAGCAGUUGUACAACAAGUAUAAAAAACGCUGCCUCAGUGAACGAACGAAAAUGGGCACUGGUCGCAGUGAGGAGAUGAACACAUUGUACAGGUUUUGGUGUUUAUUCUUAAGGAACAUGUGUGUCCCUUCCAUGUACAACGAGUUCCGUAAGCUGGCUCUAGAAGAUGCUGCUGCUGGUUACAAUUAUGGAACAGAAUGCCUAUUCCGGUUCUAUAGUUAUGGAUUGGAGAAGGAAUUCAAAGGGGAUCUGUAUGAUGACUUUGAGCAGCUGACACUCCAAUUCUACGAAAAAGGGAACCUCUAUGGCCUGGAGAAGUAUUGGGCAUUUCAUCAUUUCCUGUAGGCACGGGACGAGAGAGAUGCAGUGAAGAAGCAUCCUGAAUUGGAUAGGCUGCUGAGAGAGGAAUACCGUGGCAUGGAAGAUUUCAAGCGGACUAGAGCUAAGAAGGCAGCCAUUAGCCGAUAUGGCUUGACAUGGCAGUUGCAGUGAAUUCACAGCUUACUGCAACUGACAACGUCGCAAAUUUUGGGGGAUAACUCUAACGUCUAUAGAGGUGUAUUUAUACAUUUUUGUACAUAGAAUGUUGGCGACAUUUUAGUUUCGGAAGGUUUUUUUCUUCUUUUUUUCCUAUUUUGGUUUUCUAAAAUGUAUAGAAAAAAAAUUAUGGAAAAAAUAGCUAAUAAAGACAUGACAUGACUUUGUACAAAUUGGAAUUGUAUUUUUUUCCUGCUUUAGUUUCGCAAGAUUUAUAGAAAAAAUUGAUUGAUAAA